AUGCCAGAAUUACCAGAGGUCGAGCGAGCCCGCAAGCUCAUACAGGAAACUUGCGUGGGAUAUACCAUCGCGGAGGUGGAUUCGGUGGAGGACAAGAUAGUCUAUACAGCGGGCACCGAUCAUGAAGAGUUUGCGAACGAAAUCAAAGGCCGCACGAUCACUGGCUGUGAGCGCAAGGGCAAGACCUUCUGGAUGACCUUGUCAGGCGAUGGGCGAUACCCUGUGAUGCAUUUCGGUAUGACUGGAAUGAUACAGCUGAAAGGCCAAGAGCCGACAUGGUACAGACGGAGACCCAAGGAGAGUGCCGAUGUCUGGCCGCCAAAGUUCUACAAGUUCGUCUUGAAGCUGCAGCCCCAGGAAGGAUCAGUCGCCUCGGAAGCCCUUGAGCUGGCCUUCAUCGACGCCCGGCGCCUGGGCCGUCUUCGCCUCGUCCCAUCUCCAGUCACCGAUCACCCCCCAGUCUCUCUUCUCGGUUUCGACCCCAUCCUCUCACACCCAUCUUUCGAAGAUUUCCAAGAACUUUUGAAGAAGAAGAAGGGAACGAUCAAAGGUGUCAUCAUGGACCAAGCUUUCAGUGCUGGUGUUGGGAAUUGGGUCGCGGACGAAGUCUUAUUCCAAUCCCGGAUUCACCCCUCCACCCCCGUUCCCCUCCUCACCCCUGACCAGAUUCUCGCUCUCCACGACCAACUACACGAAGUCUGCCAAACCGCCGUCGACGUCAAUGCCGAUUCCAAAUCCUUCCCAGAAGGCUGGCUGUUCCGAUGGAGAUGGGGCAAGGGCGCUGCUAAGAAGAAGAAGGGCAAGAAGGCGAAGGAGCAGGAUGAGGAAGGUGAAGAAGACGUGGAGCCCGCUGGCAAAAGCUUCUUGGCACUUCCUGACGGUACCCCAGCAACAAUAAAUUUUAUCGAAGUCGGUGGCCGUACCACAGCCCUGGUUGAAGAAGUGCAGAAGAUGCCGGAAGGGGUUGAGAUCAGACCGAAAAUCAUAAAAGGGUCGAAAAAGAAGGUCAAGGAAGUAGAGGAGGAGGAGGAUGCCGACUCUGAAGAUGACGACGAGGAAAAGCCCGAAAAACGAGCGAGAAGUACGACAAAGAUACAAAGAACGGUAGCAGCAAAGAAGCGGAAAGCCCCAGACGUGGAUGUGACGGAAGAAGAAGAGGAGGAGGAGAAGCCGGCACAGAAAGAAGACUUCGAAGAAGGAUGUCAAGCCCCCGAAAGCAACGACCAAGGAACCAUCAACGAGACCCUCAAGAGCCUCGGCGCGCAAACGACCUUUGCCAAAGUCUCCAGAAUCAUCUGA